UCCCUUCUUCUUUUUUUUUUUUUCAAGAAUAUUGACUUUUUUCUACUAUGGCUGGUGAAAAAAAUUGUUCUUUAUGUUGUACCAUUUCUGGUUAAAAUUCAAGAUUGGUUGUAUAUUUUGAUUUUACUUGUAUGGUGUUUGUGUUUUUUUUUUUUUUUUUUUUUUUUUUUGUUCUUUGACACAUGCCAUUUUUGUGAUCUUUGUCUGAUUAUCUUAUUGUUAUUGCUUAUUUCUAUGAGAAUUUUUGUUCUGGUGUUUUUUUUAUGUGGGCUUAUUUAAAUUUUCCUCUUUUUUAGCUUUUCUUUCCAUUCAAUAAUGAAGAAAAGAUAAAACUUGUUUUCAAGAGUUUUUUAACUUAGCAAUUGAGUGUAGCUUAGUGGUCAAUUUAAGUGGUGUUGAGAACUAUGAGGCCUCAGGUUUAAAUUUUUGAGGUGGUUUCUUCUUAUCUGUCCAACAAGCCUCCGUGGAUAGUUACUUGGUACCUGUGGCAGGUACCAAUAAAAUUCAAGUUGUGCGCAAACUGUCCCGGACACCAGGUUUUUAAAAAAAGAUUUUUUUUUUCCAAUUGCAAGUUUUCCAAGUUCUUUUUUUUUUUUUUUUUCCUUUUUGUUUAUUUCAAGAUGAGAUUGUUGAAUUUUAUUAUAUUGUGAAUUUUGGAUUUUUGGGUUAAGUUUUAGAACUUCUCUUAUAUUAUAUCUUGAGGCUCUAUUUUCAAGGCAACUUAUGAAAUAUUUAUUUGCUUUAGUUUAUUGAGCUGCAGGGACAUCCUUUUAGAUUUUCAAGAAAAAAGAGUUGUGGAUUGCUUUUGAGGUUGCAUCUAUAUAAUCAUGCAUACUACUGGUGGAAAUCCUGUUGCAACAAUGUACACUACUCCUUGGUGGGGUAAUGGACUUGUGUCUCAAUCUGUGGGAUAUGCUGAGCCUUUUGGACAGUUGAAAUCUGCAUCUGUGGAGCAACAGCAGCCUAAGGGGAAUCCAACUGAGUUCACUAUUUUCUCUGUAUCUCCUUCAGGUAACUGCAAAUCAUCAGCAAACGGGCAAAAAAUUUCGAACAGUCAGGCUAAUAACUCUGUUCACUUAGCUAAUAUGGACUACCGAGGUCACUUUGAGCUAGGAUUUGGUCAGCCCCUGAUUUCUGCAAAAUAUCCUUAUGGCGAGCAAUGCGUUGGGCUAUUUUCAGCUUACGGUCCUCAUCUUUCGGGCCGCAUUAUGCUACCGUUGAAUUUGGCAUCUGAUGAGGGUCCAAUAUUUGUAAAUGCCAAGCAGUAUCAUGGGAUACUGAGGCGCCGAAAGUUCCGGGCUAAGGAAAUGGAGAAAAAGGCUCUUAAACCACGCAAGCCAUACUUGCACCUCUCUCGCCAUCUCCAUGCUUUGCGCCGACCUAGGGGCUGUGGUGGCCGCUUCUUGAACACGAGGAACGUGAACGGAACUAUGAAGGGUGGAAAAACCACCGAUACAUUCAAGGCGGGUGACGUUCGAAAUUUUUACCCCACCGGGUCCCAAAACUCUGAAUUGCUGCAGUCCGACAGCAGCAAUAUGAGCUCACCAAAAGAAACAAAUGGCAGCAGGUUCUGCGAUUCGUCCGGGGUUACUAACAUGUGCUCUAGGGGAAAUCUUGAUCCUUUUUUGUUCCAGAACCUGAGGCCCCCUCAGGAUCCUCAGGUUCAGGCAAUACCAGACAUGAUGAAUACCGGACACGGUAUUUGCAUGGCCGGUAAGUGGUUUUGCACAGCAGAUAGCUGUUGCAACCUCAAAGUUUGAUAGCCUCGGCUUCCAUGCUGCAACCUAAUGCAUUUAGUUGCUUGCAAUGGCGGAUCAUCCUUGGCUAUCAUGGGCAGUUCAUCCUUGGCUUGGCAUUAACGCAGCUGCCUCUACUAUCUUUCUAUUGCUAACGAGCAACGUGGAUGGUAAGAGGCGCUAAAGCCUUAAUGCCACUUUAAUUUUCAGCACUUUGUAAGAUAAAUAAACUUGUUUUGGGUAAGUUGAUGAUGACCCUGUUGAUCGGGUCUGUGAUGUUGCAGUGUGUUUGGAUUACUGUUGUAAUGUUGGUUUGUAAAAAUACAGUGAUGUGUGAUUGAACUUGAUCCAGAUAAUGUGCAAUUUGGGUGUGUUUUCAGACAGGGACAAGUUUAUGUUUAUACAGUAUUUUGUACAUUGGAACUGCAGAUUCUUUUUGAAAUGAUUGCAACUGUCAUGUCA